UCCAACAUGGCUCUACAGAGCUAUGCCUCGCAGCUUGUGGCGGGGCAUCGCUUUUGUGCCUCAAACCGUGCAUUGAUUGUGCUACUGUUCGUCUUUAGCGAAUUUCACGCGGCUCUUCCCGAAGGGUGUAAUUCACCCGCAUCUUCUUCUGAGUGUGGCUGUAGCUCUCUCAAUAGAGGCGGAAACGAUCGCGGAGACGAUACGUUUCAUAAAGAGGCAGUAAAGAAAUACAGCAAAGAGAAAAAUGCAAACCCAGACGAGAGUCACGAAAGGAGGAGAGAAGUCAGCACACAGCCUGCACCCGGAAAACUCAAUCAGAUGGUGUUGAUCCCAGGUGGAGCUUUCCUUAUGGGCACUAAUGAACCUGCCAUCCCUCAGGAUGGUGAGGGGCCAGCCAGAAGGGUGCACAUUCAGUCAUUUUACAUGGACAUUUAUGAAGUCAGCAACCUGGAAUUUGAAAAAUUUGUUAAUGCAACUGGCUAUCUCACAGAGGCUGAAAAGUUUGGAGACUCCUUUGUGUUUGAAGGUCUCUUGAGUGACAAAGUAAAGAAUGAAAUUAAACAAGCAAACUUAUGCUGCAAAAACUGUUCCAGGAUGGAUCUCAGCUUUGAGAUUCGCCCUAUAUUGCUGCUCUGUAAAGCCUCUACGAUUAUGUUUCGCCUGUGCAGUUUUACCACCAGCCCUCCUUGA